UAAACAAUCCCACCUUUCAUCCUUCAUUAAACACCUCGUAGUAGAAAUCUGUCAGUAUGCAUACACUCUCCUACGAAACAUAGUGGAAAAAAAUAUAUUCGUCGAUGUAAACAAGCGGUGAAAAAGGAGACACUUUUCGACGAGUGAUUUGCAUGAAGUUCCACUGCCGUGGUGUAAGGUCCGCUUAAGGUGUGAUUCGAGUCGCACGUCGAUGAAAAACGGUUGAAUCGAUUGAACCGGAUUAACAGGGUCUCUGCAUCCCUCUUAUACUCUUUGAUUGCACAUUUUUGCCCAGUUCUCUUCCACUUGUUCUUCGCGAAUGUUGCGUCUUAAAAAAAAUAAUCGAAUAGAUGAAUACUUUCAUUUUUAACCCCAAAACAAGGUCCCGUGUCAAGAGCAUACCUUCGGAGACAUACAAUUGAAUGUACUCAGACAUUCUGAGGUUUAAGCUCAAACUGAAGAGACAAUCUUUCGCUGGGACAAAACAUGGAUCGAUGGAUUGGAAAGGUGGCCGUCGUAACUGGAGCUAGUGCGGGAAUUGGCUCUGCCACGGUGAAGAAACUGAUCGAUAGCGGUUUAAUUGUGGUCGGGCUUGCACGCCGUGUGGACCGAGUUGAGGCGUUAAAAAAAAAACUGGACGAAACCGAUCGCGAUCGUCUUCACGCGAUAAAGUGUGAUGUUUCGAAGGAAAGCGAUAUCAUAAGCUCAUUUCGUUGGAUUGAUGAAAAGCUUGGUGGCGUGCAUAUCUUGAUCAAUAAUGCUGCAGUGAGUUUUGAUACUAAUUUGUUGACCCCAGGGAAUACCAGCAUGUUGCGAGAAACCUUGAACACCAAUGUUUUAGGAUCGGUCCUGUGCACUCGGGAAGCAUUUCAUUCUAUGAAAACACGUUCAGUGGAUGGUCAUAUUGUGUACAUCAAUAGCAUUGCUGGUCAUAACGUGCCUGCAUUUCCCGAGUUCAACAUAUAUCCGGCUUCCAAAUUUGCCAUUACUGCAAUCACGGAAACCACACGACAGGAGCUUAGAAUGGAAGGCACAAAGAUCAAGGUCACGAGUAUCAGUCCGGGAGCCGUUAGAACCGAUAUGCUACCUAAAGAGGGUUGGGCAGCUGAUAUUGCCACGUUGCAACCGGAAGACAUUGCUGAUGCCAUUGUGUACGUAUUAGGAACACCCCCACAUGUACAGAUCCAUGAACUGACCAUCAAACCAGUCGGAGAGGAUGUGCUAUGAGUUGAUUCGGAAGUUUGCAAACAUUAGAACACAACGCACGAAAUUGUUUUGGGUACGUUCUCAUGAAAUAAUUCAUAGUUCCAAGAAUGUCUGCAUAGUGGUAUCACAAUAAAAUCUUAACCAUUAAACAAAACUAAAUGAUGCAUUAAAUCAAUGGAAUUGAAAAUUUUUGCUAUCUCACUUUGGCUCGGAAAUUCUCCAGUUAAAAUCCAAAAUAGGAUCCUGCCGCGGAAUUACGAUCUAACAGCAACAAAUAAUUAAAUCGAUCAUCGUGUGUGAUUGUCCUUAUACCCUUAUCCCCUCCUUUUCUUCCUUCACGAGCAAUCGGUUCUCUUCUUACUAACAAUAGAAUAAGUUGAAAUGUAAAUACAUAGUAGUUAUAAGAUAGGUUUAAGAAUUGAGUGUGAUGAGUGUGAGUGAGAGUGUGAGUAUGAACAUUGUCAACAUAUCCUUAUAUCCCAUCCUAUUCCUGAUAAAAAUAUGUCACCUUUCUAAACUCGAGUCUACCGCGAGUAAUCGGUUUUCUACCUUAUUAACAAUAGAAUUAAGGAAAAUUGUUCAUAGAUAUAUAGAUAUAGUUAACAUAAUAUGUUUAGUUAAGAAUUCGGCUCCUUUAAACUUAUGUAAUUGAGCCUGUAAAAAUAAACGAAUUAAUAAAAAAAAUAAUAAAAUCC